GCUUUUCCUUCAGCCCAGGAAGUUCCCAGUUAUAGCAUGCACCUGCUGGAAACAGACUAUAUGUGUUUGGGACAAACAGGAAGUAGUGACCAGCCAGAAACUUGUCCUAACCUGGUUACAAAUCUGAUUGUAAAAGAAAGCAGCUGGAAAGAAAUUUGCCUGCCCAAUAGGUUUCAUUAUUAAAGUUUACACAAAGUGGAGUAAUCACCAAGCUGGCUGGCUAUCCAGAUCACAUGAUUAUGUAGAAACAUGAAACUUGACUAUGUGCUCGGGCAAGUUUUACUUCUCCCUAGAGCAGGGGUGUUUGCCAGCAGCCUGCACUCUCAGAAAUCAGACUUGAGUGGCCGGAACCCUUGAGACCAGAGGCUUACCAUGCUGCUCCCUAGGAGGGCCAGGAACUGCUGACGUGACCACUGGACAGUUAUUCGUGUCUCUUACAAUUACCAAACAGAAUGGACAAGCUUAAUAAAAUAACCGUCCCCGCCAGUCAGAAGUUGAGGCAGCUUCAAAAGAUGGUCCACGAUAUUAAAAACAAUGAAGGUGGAAUAAUGAAUAAAAUCAAAAAGCUAAAAGUCAAAGCACCUCCAAGUGUUCCUCGAAGGGACUACGCUUCAGAGAGCCCCGCUGACGAAGAGGAGCAGUGGUCCGAUGACUUUGACAGCGACUAUGAAAAUCCAGAUGAGCACUCGGACUCAGAGAUGUACGUGAUGCCCGCCGAGGAGAACGCUGAUGACAGCUACGAGCCGCCUCCAGUAGAGCAGGAAACCAGGCCGGUUCACCCAGCCCUGCCCUUCGCCAGAGGCGAGUAUAUAGACAAUCGAUCAAGCCAGAGGCAUUCCCCACCCUUCAGCAAGACACUUCCCAGUAAGCCCAGCUGGCCUUCAGAGAAAGCAAGGCUCACCUCCACCCUGCCGGCCCUGACUGCUUUGCAGAAACCUCAAGUCCCACCCAAACCCAAAGGCCUCCUUGAGGAUGAGGCUGAUUAUGUGGUCCCCGUGGAAGAUAAUGAUGAAAACUAUAUUCAUCCCACAGAAAGCAGUUCACCUCCACCUGAAAAAGCUCCCAUGGUGAAUAGAUCAACCAAGCCAAAUUCCUCAACGCCCGCCUCUCCUCCAGGAACAGCUUCAGGUCGAAACAGUGGGGCCUGGGAAACCAAGUCACCUUCACCAGCUGCACCAUCCCCGUUGCCACGGGCCGGGAAAAAACCAACGACACCACUGAAGACAACUCCAGUUGCCUCUCAACAGAAUGCCUCAAGUGUUUGUGAAGAAAAACCUAUACCUGCUGAACGCCACCGAGGGUCAAGUCACAGACAAGAAGCUGUGCAGUCACCAGUGUUUCCUCCUGCCCAGAAACAAAUCCACCAAAAACCCAUACCUCUGCCAAGAUUUACAGAAGGGGGAAACCCAACUGUGGAUGGGCCCCUACCCAGCUUUUCAUCUAAUUCCACUAUUUCAGAACAGGAAGCUGGCGUUCUCUGCAAGCCAUGGUAUGCUGGAGACUGUGAUCGAAAGUCUGCUGAAGAGGCAUUGCACAGAUCAAACAAGGAUGGAUCAUUUCUUAUUCGGAAAAGCUCUGGCCAUGAUUCCAAACAACCAUAUACACUAGUUGUAUUCUUUAAUAAGCGAGUAUAUAAUAUUCCUGUGCGAUUUAUUGAAGCAACGAAACAAUAUGCCUUGGGCAGAAAGAAAAAUGGUGAAGAGUACUUUGGAAGUGUUGCUGAAAUCAUCAAGAAUCAUCAACAUAGUCCUUUGGUUCUUAUUGACAGUCAGAAUAACACAAAAGAUUCCACCAGACUGAAGUAUGCAGUUAAAGUUUCAUAAAGGGAAAAAAAAAGAUCAAUACCAUUGCUUCAGACACUUUCCCAAAGUUUCUCCUUUUGAGAAAAAGUCCCAAAACUUCAUAUUUUGGAUUAUGAAUCAUCCAGUAAUAAAAUGGAAGAUGGAGUCAGCUAUUGAAGUGGUCAUCCAUUUCUUUUUAAGAAGCUCAUGUGGACUUGUUCUACCUAUUGCCUGACCUGAUGAACUGUUAAUAUCUGGUGAGGUUGAGUUAUCAUGCUACUAAUAUUUUCCAAAUAAAUAUUUUUAUUUUUAAAAA